AUGAUCAACGGAGUGCUGGUGGAACGGACCGUCAAGGAUGUGAUCCCUGCGUUGCAAACAAACGCGGAGGGGUUGAAGAAGGUAUUGGACGACUUGGUCAAGCAGUACAAGACCAAACAAGAUGAGCUGGAGAAGUGGAAGGAGUCCUCGAAGGAUGAAGGGCUUGACGACACGGCACGCAAUGGCAAGCUCCUGAGGUCGCCCCUCUGGCAAGACACCUCAAGAGCCUUGUGA